AGGCUGGGGGCCUCGUCCUGCCUUCGGCGGUGCCAUGAGUUCCUUCCAGGGGCAGAUGGCCGAGUAUCCCACCAUCUCCAUAGACCGCUUCGACAGGGAGAACCUGAGAGCCCGAGCCUACUUCUUGUCCCACUGCCACAAGGAUCACAUGAAAGGAUUAAGGGCCCCUACCUUGAAAAGAAGAUUGGAAUGCAGCUUGAAGGUUUUCCUGUAUUGUUCUCCUGUUACUAAGGAGUUGCUGUUAACUAGCCCGAGAUACAGAUUUUGGGAGAAACGAAUAGUAUCAAUUGAAAUUGAAACUCCUACCCAGUUAUCUUUGGUGGAUGAAGCCACAGGCAAGAAGGAGGAGAUUGUUGUCACUCUCUUACCUGCAGGUCACUGCCCAGGAUCAGUUAUGUUUUUGUUCCAGGGCAACAAUGGAACUGUCCUGUAUACAGGAGAUUUCAGACUGGCCAAAGGAGAAGCUUCCAGAAUGGAGCUUCUGCACUCUGGGGGCAGGGUGAAAGAUAUCCAGAGCGUUUAUUUAGAUACUACUUUCUGUGACCCAAGGUUUUAUCAAAUCCCAAGCCGAGAGGAGUGCUUAAAUGGAAUCUUAGAGCUGGUUCGGGGCUGGAUCUCUAGGAGCCCGAACCACGUGGCGUGGCUGAACUGCAAGGCGGCCUAUGGCUAUGAGUAUCUAUUCACCAACCUUGGCGAAGAGCUUGGAGUCCAGGUGCACGUGGACAAGCUGGACAUGUUUAGAAAUAUGCCUGACAUCCUUCACCAUCUCACGACAGAUCGCAGCACCCAGGUCCAUGCGUGUCGCCAUCCCAAGUCAGAGGAGUAUUUUCAUGGGAGUAAAUUACCCUGUGGCAUGCUUUCCAAAACUAAAGUUCCACUGCACACAAUCAGUAUUAAGCCAUCCACCAUGUGGUUUGGAGAAAGAACCAGGAAAACAAACGUCAUCGUGAGGACUGGAGAGAGUUCCUACAGAGCCUGCUUCUCCUUUCACUCCUCCUUCAGCGAGAUUAAAGAUUUCUUGAGCUACAUCCGCCCUGUGAACGCAUACCCAAAUGUCAUUCCUGUCGGCAUAACCCUGGAUAAAGUUAGAGAAAUCUUAAAGCCUUUUUGUCGGUCUUCCCAAAGCACUGAACAAAAGUAUAAACCACUUGGAAAACUGAAGAGAGCUAGAACCAUCUACCUAGACUCAGAGGAGGAGGAUGACCUCUUUGACCCCCUGCCAGUACCUUUAAGGCGCAAGGCUGCAUACCCACUAACUCUUCACCCCGAGGCAUCUCCAGUGACUGCACUAUCACAAAACCAGCCAGAAAAACAGACGCAAAGCAUAGGAUGCUGCAAUGCAGAGAGGACUGAAAGCUCUUCUUUGGCCAACUUUAUAGACUGUGAAGAGUCCAACAGUGAAAGUGAAGAAGAACCAGAAACCCUGCCCUCACUACCGAGGGCUCUGGGCUCGGAAGCACUUGCCCAGCCAAGCGCCCACGUGGAUGUCCCGCAGUGGGAGGCGUUCUUCAGAAGAAGCCAUGACAUCACAGAGGAGGGCUUGGGAAUGUUCCCUUCCUCCACAGAGACGGGGGGUUCUCAGUCACCCAAGCUUUUCAGCGACUCCGAUGGAGAAUCAACCCAUGGGUCCUCCCAGAAUUCUUCUCAGUCAACACAUAUCACAGAUGGAAGUCAAGGCUGGGACAGCCAGUCAGAUACUGUUUUGUUAUCGUCCCAAGACAAACACAUGGGGGAUUUUACCUCUUUGAACCAAGGUGUCAAGAGAGCAAAAACCAAAGAGAAUAUUGCCACCUCACAGGUGGAACAAAAUAUACUUUGCCCAAAGGACAUUCACUCUCAUGUGAAAAGCAGAGAGCAAGAAGCAAGCAUGGUUCCUAGUGUGGCAGAACCAACUCCUGUGAGCGAUGAGGAACCUGAGGAACAAAGGUUGCUGAGUCUUGGCCCACGUGCGGAUUCACAGAGUUCCUCUGACUUUGAAAUCCCGCCCACUCCAGAAGCUGAGUUACCAAGACAAGAGCACUUACACUAUUUAUAUGAGAAACUAGCAACGGGUCAGAGUAUAGUAUUGACAAAAGAAAAUGCUCACUCUUAGACGUUUAAGAAUUAAAACUCUUUAUCCUACAAUCACAAAUAUUUGCAUAAAAUGGUAA